AUGAGCAGAGCCACGCUCGACAACCUGAGGCAACAAUGCCGACAAACACUAAGGAACAAAGAUCCAACCGUGUUCUUGACCAGUCAAAGCGGAGCUCAGUACAGGUUCACAAACAAAUAUUACUCUAAUGUUCUAUCAUUCGAUUCGGUACUAGGGGUGGACCAAGGGCUUCUGUACAACUACAACACGUUUCAAUUGGCAUUCGAGUACGCCGGGAGCAUGGAGAAGUUUAAGAGGGCAUUUGCACUGUCGGUCACUAGAAUGAGCAGUCUCAAGGUGUUGAGAGGGAAGCAAGGAGAGAUUCGCCUCAACUGCCGUUAUACUAACAAUAAUAAUCCGUACAUCAACUAG